AUGGCAUCCGCCUUGAUAAAGUUCAGUGCCAUAUUAAUGGUUGUCGGUUUUGCGGCAUCUGAUGUUGGAGUAGGCUAUGAAAAUCCCGUCACCGAAGUGUGCCUCGGGUGCCUCUGUCAAGCGAUUUCUGGAUGCAAACAAGGUACGCAGUGCGAAGGCGACUCCUGCGGUCUAUUCCGUAUCACGUGGGCCUAUUGGGCUGAUGCUGGAAAGCCUACUGUUGAUGGAAGUUCUCCCGAUGCUACUGAUGCUUACCCCAGAUGUACAAAUGACCCACGAUGCGCUGCCCAAACUGUUCAACAAUACAUGAGACGUUUCGGACAGGACUGCAACGGUGACGGACAAGUGGAUUGUUAUGAUUACGCAGCCAUCCACAAGCUCGGAGCGUACGGAUGUAGAGGUGAACUGCCGUUUAAAUUCUACAAUGACUUCAACCAAUGUUUAGCAUACGUCGCUUCCUACCAAGGUUAA